UCGACGACAUGAGAAGAGAAGAAGACUUUUUUUUCCCUCAUUCCCAUUGAAUUUUUCGCGAAGAAGUCUUCUUUUUUUUUACAUUUUUUCAUUUGGUUUCGAUUUUAAUUGACCGAUGAUAAUAAUAAAAAAAUUAAAAAUAAAUUCUAAUUUAUCAAACGACUUCACGAAUAAAUUAUUUUAGUGAAUAAGAAGUGAAACAAAAACAACGGAGUAAAAAGACCAAAAACCAACAAAGGCAUCGACUGGCUCUCUAGAGGAGCAAAAGAAAGUGAAAAAUUUAUUUGGCCCCACAUUCUGGGGCCAAAAGGUAGCACCACAGCACUCCACAACCAAAAAAGAAGCACCGCCACCAUAUCUAUCUCUCAUCACAGCAACGUUGUGUCGUCAGAACAAAAAACUACGCCAAUUUUUUCUUCUUCUGUUUAAAAACUAAAUUUAUGAUCAAUUUUUUUAUCUGAUUUCGAUAAGACGUAAAAAAAAAGAAGAGAACGAAAUUGUUGCUGACGGACGAUUGAGAAAGGACACACGAGAUUUCUUUAUUAUUUUCUUGAGCAUUUGUUGUUUUGGCAUUUUUAAGAAUUUGUUUUGAAUUCGUUCUUUUUUUUUAUUGAGAAUUUUUGUUUGUUCGAGCGCCAGUGGGAGCUUCAAUUCAACAUUGAUUGAAGCCUUAACCCACAUUAGUGCAAUCGACGAAAAUUUGAUGGAAGAAUUAUGUACCUGGAGCCUCUAAAUUUAACGCUAACGCAGAUUAGUAUUUUGGUGAAGAAUCUGAACAAGAAGAAUUACACACAGACUUGUCAAAGUUUAACUAAGUUAAUUGACGAAUUUGGCCUUGAAGCAGAUCGCCAUUGUCUGCGUUGCCUAUUCUCAAGUGUAAAUUUUACUGAUCCAACGUGUACACCGUUCCACUGCAAGUUACUCGGUGCCGAACUGAACAAACAGCUGGAUAAGACCCCAGCAAUAUCAAAUAUCUGUUUUUCAGUCGAUCAUUGUUUCCCUUCGCAAAAGACUUUAAAACCAUCACCUAAUCUACUUGCCCAAAUAACACAAGCAACUGGCAUCUCAAAAUUAAGUGAGGUUAUUGUUACACUUGCCCUCACUCAUUCUACGAAUGUUGAGAUACAAGCAAAUGCCAGUGAGCACUUGAAACGAACGAUUCCUCUACUAAUCGAAUCAUAUACCAAUAACGAAACCUCUACACCAACUGAACGUAGUCUCAACGAUAUCCUUCCAAAUAUAUUACAAUUGAUUCUAUCGCUCUUUCGAAAAGACACCUACACCAACUACGGUCUCAACGAAGAACUUUACUUGAAGUUCAUACAAAAAUUGAGAGAAGACUUCCCACGCGAAGGUGUACCAUUAAUUUUGUCCCCCUUCUUGUAUCAAACACAUCACCAAGAAGAAAUUUCCAUUGAAGAAGUUUAUGAUAAUAUAGCGGAAACGCUCACGCAGGCGAACAAUAUUAUGGACACAUCCUGGAUUAAUUUAAUCCUGGAAAUCGGCUAUGAAUUCACAUCAACUGUCGACGAAUGCAAAAAUCAUCUACGCUGUGGACGUGCAGACCUCCAGACACAAGAUGUCGCUAAGAUUAUUGGAUUGAUGUGCCGCACGCACACCUCUUUACUAGACUGCAAUGUAAAUCUCCCAACUCCGGCAAAUUUCUGGCCUGGCCAGAAUACUGGCAAUAAUAAUGCUAGCAACAAUAAUGAUACCACAAAUAGUACUCCGGGAACUGGUGGCAAUAAUGCCAAUGACCCGAAAAAGGAUACCAAAGUAUCCCAGGCAUCUAGUGACACAACUCAAACAUGGAAACCAGAUAUCUUUGUCCAGGCACUGAAGGAAAUUGUUCCCAAUUUGCCAUGGAAGGAGGUAUGCUUUGCCCUCGAUCACCAUGAGUUCAUAAUCAAAGACCGGAUUGGUCUGAAUUUGCUGCUGACUAUUUUCCGUCUUGGAACACAGUCAAGUGUGUUCCCAACAGAAUGCGUCUAUCGUCAUUGGCAAAAUGUAGAAGGUCAGUUUUCGCUGAUUUCUAUGAUGCUAAAGAACUCGGACUUGUUCUCAUUCGCCGACUACAUAUUCACUCCGGUACCGGUUGAGUUGUUAAAAACUCCCCCAGAAACAGAUAACAAAGAGAUUGCCACUUGGAAAUCAUUGCAUUUAGUCGAAGUAUUGUUGUAUCUAGGCGAAAAUGGACCCUACACACAGGUCACAGAAAUAUUCAAAUUCCCAGCUCAACAUUGCCCCGAUGUGUUGGUUUUAUCACUCCUCCAACUCACAACACCAAUUACUGGCUUCCGCCAGGAGCUAUAUAACAAUCUGAUUCCAACAUUUAUAGCAAAUCAUCCAAACUCGGGUGUGAUUCUCCAUCAUGCUUGGAACUCUGCAAACUUUGCAAUGCACUUGCGUCCGACCAUUAUGCAUGCGAUGUCCGACUACUACCUUCGUGGAGAGAACGAUCAGUCCAGAUUGUCACGUAUCCUAGAUGUUGCCCAAGAUCUCAAGGCUCUCUCGAGUCUUUUAAACGCUAGAAGCUUUUUAUUUGUCAUUGAUCUAGCCUGCUUGGCCUCAAGGCGAGAAUACCUUAAACUGGAAAAAUGGCUAAGUGACAAGAUUCGUGAACAUGGUGAACCCUUUGUUCAAGCUAUCAUCAAGUUUCUUCAACGUCGUUGUCCACAAAUAACUGGAGCUAAAGUACCCGACGAUCAGAUACCAAAGGCUGCUCAACUUCCGCAUGAAACAUUAACCACAAUGCUGACUUGUUUGCAAUCGUGCGCAGCCAAUGUAUCACAAGAUCUUUGCGAUGUCAUCAUUCAAAUGACAUCCAAUUGUAAUUUAAUUGCUAACAAGGCUCGUCAACAGCAACCUCCACCACCGGGUGUCAUCCGGACACAUCGUGGCAUCGAGCCACCUCCGUUCAAUGCAAAUCUGAACGCUCAACAGAUGUUUGGACCAUCAGUAGACACUCUAUCGAAUCUUAGCACAAACAUCGCUGGAUUGAAUCUGGGCGGUCCCAAUGGAUCGUUUAAUUUUGGAAAUGUCCUCGGCAAUUUAGUCUCUACACCAGCUUCUCCUUCGAGGCUGAUGAAUGCUGCUCCUUCAAACAGUCCCUAUCCGAUGGCAAUGGCACUACAAGCACCGCCAAAUGCAAAUAAUAUCGGACGUAUACCGCCAACUCCUAAUGCCAACCAGGGAGUUAUUGCCGAUCUUGGACAACCAGUCUCAAAGGAAGUCGAAGAUGAAGCAAAUAGUUACUUCCAACGCAUUUAUAACCAUCCACCGCAUCCGACACUUUCUAUCGAUGAGGUUCUCGACAUGUUGCAACGCUUCAAAGAAUCCAACAUUCGUCGUGAACAGGAAGUGUAUCAGUGUAUGUUGCGAAAUCUUUUUGAAGAAUACCGUUUCUUCCCUCAAUAUCCAGACAAGGAACUCCAAACAACUGCUCAGUUGUUUGGUGGCAUAAUCGAACGGAACUUAGCACCAACCUGUUUCACUCUUGGCCUGGCUCUUCGUUGUGUCUUGGAUGCUCUUCGAAAACCGGUCAAUUCAAAGAUGUACUACUUUGGUAUAACAGCCUUGGAUAGAUUUAAAACACGUCUCCGUACUUAUAAUAAAUACUGUGAGUUUAUCCGAUCAAUACCGCACUUCCAAGAGUUUCCACCAUUACUCAUUCAAUACGUGGAAUGUGGCUAUAUGGAACAAGAGCCACCAACCAAAGGCCAAGGUAGCAUUCUACCCGGAUCAAUGUCUCAAAUUAUGCCAAGUCAACCCGGACAACAAGCUGCUCCUGAUUCCCUAUACCGCAGCAAUUCAGUAACUGGAAAUAUUGUAACCACUCCAGCUCAACAGAAGCCAAUGGUAGUAACUCGAGUCAAAUCGAUUGCAAAUGCAACCAACAUUGAUACAUUGCUCGAAGCAAACGAAGAAAAAAUCACCGUUCCACCCGAAACAGUCCAAGAUAAGACCGCUUUCAUAUUCAACAAUCUCAGUCAGUUGAAUAUUCCACAAAAAUGUGAAGAAAUCAAAGAUCUUAUGAUCAAAGAAUACUGGCAAUGGUUAUCACAGUAUUUGGUCUUAAAGCGUGCCUCAAUGGAAUUUAAUUUCCAUACUUUGUAUUUUAAUUUCUUGGACGCUCUCAAGAAUCCCGAAAUCAAUAAAUAUGUUACCAAGGAAACUCUACGCAAUAUCAAAGUGCUACUACGCUCCGACAAGGGUAUGAUUAAUUUCUCUGAUCGGAGUUUGUUGAAGAACCUCGGCCAUUGGUUGGGUAUGAUGACACUUGGACGUAAUCGUCCCAUUCUACAAGUCGAUCUUGAUUUGAAAGCUUUACUUGCUGAAGCUUAUCACAAGGGUCAGCAAGAAUUACUAUUUGUUGUUCCAUUUGUAGCCAAGAUUUUAGAAUCAAGUGGCAAAUCGAAAGUUUUUAAAACUCCCAACCCAUGGACAAUGGCGAUUAUGAAUGUUCUCGGUGAGCUACAUCAAGAGCCGGAGCUCAAGUUAAACUUGAAAUUCGAAAUCGAGGUUCUUUGCAAGACUCUUAACAUUGAGUUAACUAAGUUGAAACCGAUCAUAUACCUAAAGGAUCCAACUCGUUCGAUGGGUAUUGAACAUCAAAUGUCACAGCCUAAAGUAAAGGCUAUUGAAAUUGUAAGUGUGGCUCAUCAACAGCAACAACAACAACAGCAGCAACAACAACAGGUUCAACAGCAAGUACAACAACAAGUUCAACAACAGGUCCAACAGCAACAACAACAGCAACAACAACAGCAGCAACAGCAACAACAGCAGCAGCAACAACAACAGCAGCAGCAACAACAACAACAACAGCAGCAGCAGCAACAACAGCAGCAACAACAACAACAACAGCAGCAGCAACAACAAGCGAUAGCAAGUGCUAUUGACGUUGACCAAUCCAUGGUGAUGAACAACACCUCGACAACGAAUCCAUCACCUAGCAUCAGCAAUGAGAGUGCAGGACACAUAACCAUCAGUCCUCCAGAGCCACGUUUCAACUACGUCGAUAUCAAUGUCACCAAUUUCUCACUAAUUGCUCAGCAUGUGGUAAUUUCUCCCAACAUUGCUAUCUUGCAUACCAAUCCAAAUUUAAAGCACAUUGUGUUGACUGCCAUUGAGCGAACAAUUACAGACUGGUUACAGCCUGUCGUAGAUAGAAGCGUUCGCAUUGCAUCGAGCACAACUGAACAAAUUGUACGAAAAGAUUUUGCAUUGGAUCCGGAUGAGUCUAGAAUGCGCACUGCAGCUCACCAAAUGGUGCGUAACUUAUCCGCUGGAAUGGCAAUGAUUACAUGCAAGGAUCAACUUACCCAGACUUUAAAUGUGAAUAUAAGGAAGGCUUUCUUGGCAAAUAUCACAACAACUCCACAAGGACCACAAUAUCAAGAUAUUGAUGCCGCUGCUAUUCAACUGACUAACGAUAAUGUAGAGCUGGCAUGUGCUUUUGUACAGAAGACUGCCGCUGAAAAAGCAGCUCCCGAAGUUGAUAGGCGAUUGGCACCUGAUUUUGAAACAAGAAAGAUGUCCCGUGAAGAGGGAAGACGCUACGUUGAUGCUGAAACUUUGGCCUAUCAAUCGGAACGAAUGCCCGAACAAGUGCGCCUGAAGGUCGGUGGAAUUCCAGCAAAUCAAUUUGCUGUUUACACUGAAUUCGCAAGAAACAUUCCUGGAUUCCAGCAAAUGUCGGAACGUGAUGCUGCCCUCUUCCUUCCUAAGGCCACUAUUCCGGUGAGUAUCGAUCAGGAUGUUCCUUUUGGAAAUGACGAAUUGGGUCUGAUGUAUGCAGAACUUGCUACCCGUAUGGAAGGAUUCCUCAAUAAUACCGUCAAUGUGUCUACACUUCAAGUUCAGGCUAGCAAGAUGCAUGCCCUCCUUACCGCGCUCAUGGUAACACGUCGCAUUCGUGACAAUGAGAGCGCUUUGAAUCUCCUCACACGUGUUGUAGAGGGUUUAGUCGAGGGCUUGGUUAACAUACCCGAACAUGAAGUUCACAUGAAGCUUUAUCGCGAUGUACAUUUGCGUAUACUGAGUCUACUCCAAACAGCCUUUGGCACUGUUGCUACUGAACGUGCUGUUACUAAGUGCAUUUUUGAGAUCCGUGAGGAUGUUCGUUGGAACGUUGAAGCCAUCAAACUGCUGAUCUCAUCGCACAUGGUUAAUGUACAACAAUUAGACAUAUUGCUCCGCGAUGCCAUGGACAAUGGUAACAACUACAUGGCUGUUACAUUUGCCAUGCAACUGAUGGAACGUCUGCUAGUCGACGAUCGUCCAAGUCACAUUGUUCCAGAGAGUGAAUUCAUUGGAACCAUUGAGAUGUUAGCUCGUUUACCACAACAUCGUCAUCGUUAUCCAGAAGCUCUCACUCACAUGAUUGAGAUGCUCUGGGGUAACCAUGACUCGAGCAGUUUUAUGGCCGAACGAUACUCCACUGGAGCAGCACAAUACAUUCAUACUGGAUUGUCUCAUUCAAAUGAAGUUGAUGAUCCACCAGGCCUUCAGGAAAAAACUGAAUUCCUUCUCAAAGACUGGGUCUCAAUCUACUCGCAAUCUAAUAAUCUCUCACGCGAGACAAAGAACUUUGGAGCCUUUGUUCAAAAGAUGAAUUUAUAUGGCAUUCUAAAGACAGACGAUUUGAUAACUCGUUUCUUCCGCCAAGCUACACAAUUCUGCAUUGACUUGGUUUACAGAAUUCUAAAUGAUCAAUCACACAAUCCAGCGGUAGCUAAAACAAAAAUCUUCCACUGGAUCGAUGCAUUCGUCCAUCUAAUCGCCCUUCUGGUUAGACACUCUGGCGAUCAGGGAAAUCCAACAACGAAAAUCAAUUUAUUAAACAAAGUUUUAGGCAUUGUCCUAGGAAUUUUGUUACAAGAUCAGGAAAUUCAUGGCAGCUCAUUCCAACAAUUGGGCUAUCAUCGUUUCUUUAUUAUGCUCUUCCUUGAAUUGAGCUCACCCGAUGCAGUUCUCGAGUCUCUGAUGCAGAGUAUUGUAACAGCCUUCUCGCACACUUACCACCUACUUAAUCCAUCACGUGCCGCAGGCUUUUGCUAUGCUUGGUUGGAAUUGAUUUCACAUCGUAUAUUCUUGGGAAGAAUUCUAGCUCAGAUUCCACAACAAAAAGGUUGGCCUUUGUAUGCCCAGUUACUGAUGGAUUUGUUCAAGUAUCUGGCACCGUUCCUUCGCAAUGCAGAACUGGCUAAACCAGUUCAAGUUCUAUACAAAGGAACCUUACGCGUGUUGUUAGUUCUUCUGCACGACUUCCCAGAAUUUUUGUGCGAUUAUCAUUUUGGCUUCUGUGAUGCCAUACCUCCAAAUUGUAUUCAAAUGCGCAACAUUAUUCUAGCAGCAUUCCCACGUAAUAUGCGUCUACCCGAUCCGUUUACGCCAAACUUGAAGGUUGACAUGUUGCCGGAUACAGCAACAGCUCCAAAGAUUUUCUCAAAUUAUGUCGUCAACAUUCAACCGGCCAACUUUAAGAAAGAUCUCGAUUCAUAUCUUAAGGCGAGGGCACCGGUAACAUUUUUGUCGGAAUUCCGCAGUCAUUUGCAGAUAUCAAAUGAGCCGGGUUCUCGGUAUAAUAUACCUCUUAUGAAUGCACUUGUGCUGUAUGUAGGAACACAAGCUAUUGCGCACAUUAGGAGCAAAAACUUCGUUCCCAACACUUCGAAUAUAGCACACAGUGCUCAUAUGGAUAUAUUCCAGAAUUUGGCUGUUGAUUUAGACACCGAAGGACGUUAUCUGUUCUUAAAUGCAAUUGCCAAUCAAUUGCGCUAUCCCAAUAGUCAUACUCACUAUUUCAGUUGUGCCGUUUUGCAUUUGUUUGCAGAAGCCAACUCAGAGGCAAUACAAGAGCAAAUCACACGAGUUCUACUCGAACGAUUGAUUGUCAAUCGUCCACAUCCAUGGGGUUUAUUGAUAACAUUCAUUGAGUUGAUUAAAAAUCCGAUUUACAAAUUCUGGGAUCACGAUUUUGUUCACUGCGCUCCAGAAAUUGAAAACCUCUUCAAAUCUGUGGCUCGGUCUUGCAUGGUCAAAUCGAAUCACCCACAACAGAUCUCGAAUUUAGAUGGUGAAAUUCAGGAAAUUAACUAACCAAUAAUUUCCUUUACGAAUCGAACAUGAAAAUCCGCUAUCAUGGCAUAAGAUAAUGGAAAGGACAAAAGAAAUUAUUUUUUUUUUACAUUAUUUAAUUUUGUAAGUAACAAUUUUAUUAAAAAGAAGAGUAGAAAUGAGAAAAAAAUAUAUAAAUUGGUGUAUGAUAAAUAAAAUUAGAAAAUUUAAAACAAACAAAGAACAACUGAGAAACCCCCAAUUAACUGUGUAAAAAUAUAAAAAAAAGUGGAUAAUAUAAUAGUUACAAAAUUAGUGUAAUGAACAAUUUUUAAUAAAAAAAUAAAAGAAAAAAAAAAACAAAAAAAAAAGCAUAUACUGUAACAAAUUAAAUUUUGUCGUUGAUCAUCUAAAAAAAAAAAAUAAUAAAAAAAUCUAAACACUAUGUAAAUAUUUUAAAUGGUACAUAAUUAAAAUAGAAAAGUCGUUGCAAUUACAUUUAAUAUGUGUUAAAUUGUAAUUGGUUUAAUUUUAUUAUUUACGCUUCUAUCUCUCUUCCUUUCAUUUAUGAAAUAAAUAUACUUUUCACUUCCUCAUGUUAUUUUAUAUUUUAUGCAUAAAUUGUUCUUUUUUUAAAUAUUUGUACACACUUUACUUUUUUUAAUUAAUUGUCAUUAAUUAUAAUUAUAACUGAUUCUACAUUUGUCGUACAUACAUUAGUGAAUUCAAAGAGAAAGAAACAAAUAUAAUUCAUUAAUAUAUUAAAUUUAAGAGGAACUUUACAAAAAAAAAGAAACAACAAAAAAAAACAAAACACAAAAAAUUCCUCGAUUAAUUUACCUGGAGAGUUAGAUUUUAUAUAUAUAUAUUCAUAUUAAAGAAAAAAAAAAAAACAUAGAUCUUAAUAAUAAAAUAAUAACAACAGCAUUAUGCAUCUUAAGAUAGACUUUUCUUUAUUUUUUUCUUUUUUCUUCUUCUUUAUUCUUUAUCAAAUGUACACCCACAGUUUAUUAUGAUUCAUUUAUUAUUAUCUAUAUCUAUACCAUACGACCACGUUUAUUAUAUGUAUACAUAUAAUUUUGUUGCAGUAAAUUUUUACUUUGUUUGUAAGUGAUUGAAAAAAAAAAGUAAUACUUUGAGGAAUUCUUUGCUGUAGGAUAAUUUUUGAAUGUAAAAUGUAAUUGUAAAAAACAAACCGAAAAACAAAUCAAAUGAAAAAAAAAAACAAACGAAGCAAAAACAAAAGAAAACAAAAAAUAAAAAAAAAAAAAACAAAGAAAAAA